GAUCUUCUUUGUUUCUUGCUUCUGAUCUUCUUUGUUUCUUGUUACUGAUCUUCUUUGUUUUUGUUUCUGAUCUUCUUUGUUUGUUGUUACUGAUCUCCUUUGUUUGUUGUUACUGAUCUUCUUUGUUUUUGUUUUUGAUCUUCUUUGUUUGUUGUUAGUUGAUCUGGUGUCUUUUGUCUGUUGCUUGGUCUUUUGGUCAGUUUUCUAGUAUUUAAUCUACUUUAUCUAUUUUCUUAGCUAUUGAGUCCUAUGUAUGUCUUUAUCUCUGACUUUGGGUCGUUUUCUGGAUUAAUUCUCUUGAAUCGUCUUUGUCUCUAGUUCUACUUCAACUGACAUAAGCAAAUACAAUGACAGCCAAACAGGCCGCGACUGAUUUGUAGACAAACUUGGGAAGAGAGAAAGGGCAAAAAGAAACAAAGAAAUGUUUCAAGAAAGAUAGAAAAGAGAAAGGCAUCAAGUAGACAUGGAUAGGCUCUUUGCCAAAUCAACUUUUUGAGAACCAAUGUCUACAAUGCUUAACAUGGUAAAAACUGGGUCAACAUUGUUAAGUGCCUAAUUUAAUUAACACUCUGUAUCUACAUGUUAGGUCUAAUUAAAAUGAUAGAACUAUCACUCUGUGAACAAAUACAUGAUUUCUGGCUCUUCUGUCGUGGAUUAAAACUGGUUCAUUAUAUAACAAAAUUAUGGAUGUUGCAAAUAUUUUUACUAUAAUCUAUGUUUCGUAAAGAAAAAAAACGUAACUCUUGGUGACUGUAUAAUCAGUCAGUUGUGUGGGUUACCAAAGGAAAAACAAACUACCAAGUGGAACAAACUUUUACAAUUAAAAUUCCUGAGCAACUUCAAGGUGUCACGAUAAGGCAGUUAUGUGUAGAAAGCGGUAAUGGGCCUUCCACUCGAUGGACUCCGCUCACGGCCGGGCGGGCCGGCAGCCUAAUUCUAGUGCUCAAAACAGACGCAACCCUGACCUUGACCAUAGUUCUGCCAAGGACGGAAAAUCCAAAACUGGCGCCCCUAUCGGAGGCUCUUCGACGCCAACCAAGAGCCCCACCGCGCAGCUCAGCCUGUUUCCAUCGGACGCCGGCCCUGGACUUGGAGAUGUCGUUUCUAAACUUAAGCAGCAGCAACAGAAGACCGGUAGCACCACUCAUCUCAAGCAGCCUCAGCAAAGAGCAGGUAGUGCUAGUCCGAAGCCUCAGAGAUCCAACGAUACUGCAGACAAAUCCAAAGGCGACGUUGCGAAACGCACAAAGCAUUCGCAGUCUAAAGAAACUGCUAACACAUCCAAAAGCUCUAAAACUACAAAAGAGGCUGUCACAGCAAAGUCUAAAAAUGACAAAAAGUCUAGUUCUUCCUCCAAAGACAAACUCGCCCCAGAUAAGCUACCAAAAGAUACGCUUACGGUUGAAAGUGCCAGGGUACACACUCCUAAACAUAAGAGACGGGCUAAGAGCGCCACAAGGUCUAAAGCAGCUGAUGCCAAUGAUCUCCUUGUUCCAUUGGUCGACAAUGAACAGCCGGGACAGGAGAAUCGGGGACCAGUUCCUGUCAUACGUUUAUCUCGCGAGGACAGCCACAAACAGUCACAGGCCCUGGCACAGGCUAAAGAAUCCUCUCCGAAAUUUAAAAGGAGGCUCUCGGCAAUCUCGCAGGCCAAAAUUGCCUUUGAGAAGAUAGCCAUGGCUGUGACCGAGGCAGAAGCGGUCACUAUCACUGAGAAAUCUUCAUCCUCGGAGGUUAAGGGCGGGAAGGAUAGGAAAGCGCGUUCUAAAUCGGCCCCAAGAGAGAUACAGACAGAACGCGCCAAGAAAAAGACAGAGUCCGAGCAAAAUAAACAGAAAAAAAUUGACAAUGAUAAAGAUAUUCAAUAUUCUAAAGAAGAAAAAAUAAGCUCUACAUCUAUGCAUCAGCAAAAACAAUCACAUACUAAAUCCGAAGACAGGGACAGCUCUGGCCGAUUACAGGGCGAGCUUUCCAUAGAAGGCAUCAGUUCAUCGCCCACUAGAAUGUCGGUGACAGUUGAGCAUAAACCUUCAACGAACCCGCUCAAACUGCUUCAGUCUAUAACUCGCCCUUCCAGUCUUAACACGUCUUUAGUUCAACAUUCUAGCACGCCUUCUCGGCCCAGGAAAAAAUUUUCCCGCGGUCACAUCGACCAGGACCCACUGGACGUCGACUAUGAAGUUCUAGACGACAGGGUGGCGAGCAUAGAGCCUAGGAGCUCACUCGCUGGACUAGACUCUAGAAAAUCCGUCCCGUACUUGGACAGCAACAGAUCAGCAGAGGAGCCCUUGUUGCCCAAGAACCACAAGGACAGCUUGCCGAAACAUAACAGAAGUGCACGAGAAUCCGACUACAUUCAUAUGGACUCUAAAACCCAAUCAACGCCUUAUACACAAACCUUUCCAAGAACCAAGCAGCAAGAAACAAGCUCAAUGUUUCCCAUAUCAAACAUGUACGGUCCUGUCACAGCGGAUCAUGGCCGUCCUAAGAAGUUUAGCUCUUCAGUUUCCACUGACCGUUUGCGGAACUAUUCGUCCAACCAGUUAAGUACUCCUGAUUCUGCUUACUCCCCUUUGUUUAAAGUGCCCAGUUCGUCUUCAUUCACGUCAUCCGACGCUCGAUCGGAGGUCUGCCUUGACCUCCCGGAUAUAGCUGAUCCUCACGUGAGUGACCUUCACCUUCGAGAGGUAGAGAGAGACCUUAAAAUCAAGCUGGGCUUUCCUAACGCGCCUUACAGGCGAAUCGUCCACAACACCGACUGGAGCAUCUUCUGGGCCGUCAGUAGCGCCAUAGUGUUCGUUCUUCUUUCUUUUCUUCUCAUGUGGCCUCUCAUUGUAGUCAUCCUGGUCGUCCUCCCCUGCGUGGUUUUGUGUAAGAGGAUGUGCAGUAUGCUGUGCUGCUGUGGUCAGAGAAUCUGGGGGCGGUGCUGCGUAUGUGUCUGCCACACUCACCUGACCAGCUCGGAGCUAAUGUGGUUGGGCAGAGGAACCGGUGCCGGUCACUCGGUGGCCCAAAGUCUUCUAGUAUUACAAAAAGGGUUGGACACGGAUAGGAUAAGAAAUCUAAUCGAUUCCAGGCUACUGUCUGUAGAGAAUAGGCACGGACAUAAACUGUAUCCUAGAUUUACUCAGAAGGUUGUUUCAUUUUGCUGCGGUCAAGCCUGGGUGACCGACAAGCAGUUCAUGGUCGCUAAACACAUCUACAACAUGCCCGGCUACAUCGAGACCCUGGAGGACCUCCAGCAGUUUGUUUCCAAGAUGGCCACACAGCCCUUAACAUUGGAACAGCCACUUUGGGAGAUACAGGUGUUGCACAAUUUCCGUGAACCAAGAGAUACUGUCUUACUGUUCCGCAUGCACCUGUGUUUGACUGACGGAGUUUCUAUUAUCCAAGUCUUAGAGAAUGCACUAGCAGACACUCAGAAAAUGAGCUCCAGGAAGUCCACCUUCAGUACAGAGGCAGCCAACACGUCACCUUUCAAAGUUUUAUUUUCUGGACCUGUGACUUUCCUCUCUCGCUAUCUGUUUGGCGGGAAUGACCUUAACCUUCUCCACGGUCAGCACGUGCAUCCAUCUGGGGAGAUGGUUGUAGCCUGGUCAGAACCAUUCAGUUUAAGUGCUGCCAUGAGGGUCAAGCAAGUGGCCAGAUGUUCUUUGACAGAGCUCCUCUUGUCUAUCACUGCUGGGAACAUACGAAGCUACCUCCAGGUCAGCGGCAUCACUCACCCCUUUGACGUCAAGUGUGCUGUCCCCGUGGAUUUCCAAUCCAUGGACGGUGGCGCCGUUGACAUGGAAAACAAAUAUUCGAUGGUCAUUAUCCAGUUGCCCACCAACACCGAAGGCACGAUACCACGACUCUGGGAGACUAAAUACAAGAUGAGUAAAUUCAAGUCGUCUGCGGAGGCCGCCAUUGUGAAUGGUGCUCGGUGGCUAACCUACUGUUUGCUUCCGGUCUCUAUCUUUCAGGAGCUUUGGCGGGAGAUUUACAGCAAAUGUACACUGCUGAUUGCCAACCUGGCAGGCCCCACCUCUGUCCUAAAGCUUGACUCCCGAGAAGUGAAGUGUAUGAUGUACUGGGUGCCUCCCCUCGACAAGGUACCACUGACUGUGUCUUUCAUUACCUAUGCUGACCAGAUGAGAAUGGCAGUGAUCGCAGAUAGAUCAGUUAUUCCUAACCCAGACCUGCUCACCAGAGAUUUUAACUUCAAGCUGGAAACGCUGUCCAAACUUCUGGCACACAGGCGUAUACCGGGAGAGAACUCUGCCGCUAACAGACACGAGAACAUUCAUUUGUUAUCUAGCUUCACCCUGGACGACUUGACGGCUGAACAAAUUCAGCUAGAAAUGUCACUGGUGCAACAAGAGCUACAUGAGAUGAAGCUGCAACUUGAGGCAGGCUCCAGUCACCACAUUAGUCGCAAUGAUACAGAACUGAUGACUCGGAUUGAGGCUCUGAAGGAAAGAUCUAGGGAACUAAUGAUGCAUUUAAGGAAGAAAAAAUCUGAAGAACCUGAUGGAGGACUAUGCUUAACAACAGAAGAGGAUGAUUUAGAAUCUGAAACAGGUGGACCUGAUAAACAUCAAAAACCUUUCAGAAGACGAACACAGUCAAUGUCCAGCAAAAUGUCCACCACAUCAGUGUCUUCUACUCAUAGGCCAUUGUCCACAGCAUCCACAUCAAACCUUCCCUCUCCAGUGCACUCUACUUUACCAUCAUGGCCAGAAGGAGAUCUGAUGGAUGAUAUUGAGGUAGGACUGAGAAGUAAACACAUGUAUGUACAAGCACAAAGAGCCGCUGGCAAAAUAGGGAAGGAUCUGAGCAGUCCAGUGUAUAAUUAUUCAGAUAUCAAAGGUCGCUACCACAGUGUCAUGUCUUGACCAGAACUUCUGUGUAUUUAAUCACCUUUUCCUUUUUUGUUUUUCAUAAACUAUUGACUUCAGAACAUUCACUUGACAAAAAUGUAAUUGUUAUCAUUAGUAAUAUAUUACAAACUAUUACUCUUGUAAUUAUAGCUGCUGUUCUCAAGUUAUUAGCAGCUAUUUUGAUGCACUGACAUUAAGAAAGGAUUUUUAAAUAACACAUUUAGAAUAAGUAUUUCAGAGAAAUCCUGUUCAAAGAAAUUCGUGAGACACUUCUACUUGAACUUUUUUGUUUGUUCUCAAAAUCUAAUUCAUGUUCUGAUCUACAAGAGAACUCAAUCUGAAUUAAGCCAAAGUAUGAAAAGUUAAUCAAAUUGACAUGAUUGUAAAAUCUAUUUAUAUAUGGGAAAAUCCUAAGACUUGUUUCUGUUUGUUACAAGGUGUUAAGGAAUCACAAGUAGUACAUUUAGCUGACAAAAAUGUGAAAAAUAGUUUUUAAAACUUCCUCAUUUUGUAUUUUUUUUAAAACUGGAACAGAUUGAUGCUAUUGUAUCAACAGAUAGAUGCAAUGUUUGUUGUAUGAAUGAAUGAUUACUAGUUAUUAUGUUUGUCAACUGUUAAUCCCAUAGUUUAUUCUAACUUAUUUUCUAGAGCUGUCAUAGGCUGUGAACUGUAGAUAGUGUAUACAUUUGGAAAACAAAUUAUCUGUACAUAUUGUGUGAUCACAUUUGAUUUUUAACCUUUGCAUUAUUCUCUUAAAACCCUUUUGAUAAAGCUGCAUAUAUAAUUUAAAGAUGUUUUUGUCAUGAUGGUCUGAAGAAUCAAUCCUGAAGUCACAAAAAAAAUGAUUUUGAGAUAUUUCCUUAGAGUGUUGUCAAAUUCCUUUUAAUUAGUUAAAAAGAAAAACUAAAUUGGCUUCAGUAUUGAUCCCUGAGGACAUCAUAACACUGGACUGAAAACGCUAAUCUGUAUUUGUAUGUUGCUCUACAGUUGUGGUGUAUAUUUAUUUCCUACCCUUUAGGUAACUUGUAAAUAACUAGAUCUAAAUGCUUUUAAAACAUAUUUACCUCAUGUCGGUAGUGUAAAAUAGAUUCUAUUUAUUAGAAAAUGGUGUAACAUUUUCAACUUAACAUUUCACCUACAAAUAUUUUGCUGCUGAAUAUAUUUCCAAUGAUCUUGCCCUUCUGUUGUUUCAGAAAAUUUCUUAAGAAUGUCUCAAGAAUAUAAUUCUUGAAGUUAAUCAUACAUAUUAUGUUUUUUUUAUAUUAAAAAUCAUACCUCAUUAUACUGAACUUCUAUUCAACAUGCAAUUUUUCAAGUGCAUCUCUUUUCAAUCUUAAAUUAAUGCCAUAUACGAACUUUGUGAAAUGUUCAAUGUAAGAUUCUCUAGUAGGAAUUUAGCUGUUAAUGAUCUAGUCAUUUCCUUAUUCCCACAGCAAAGACUUUGAGAGAAGAAGCUAGGCCUUAAACUGGCUUAAUACGAACCACUGGGAAUUAAAUAUAUCACAUAUUGUGUAAAAAUAAAUCUCAAAAAGUUGAUUAAAUGAGGUUCUAUUGUGUAUAAAUCUUGAGAUAUCUCUUACUUGAUAUGUAUCUCCCAGAAAUAGAUAUCACACAUCUUUUCAUUUGAACGAGUUUUAUGUGAUUCAAACUGCAACACUCUCUAUGUUCAUCCACACUGGCCUAUUUUGUUACAAUGUUGUCUGUUAUAGAAUAAUUGCUUCAAUUAUUCAGAUGUUUGCCAAAAGUGACUAAUUUCUUUUUUUGCAGAAUCUUAAAUUAAAAAGAAAAAUUAAAACCUAGUCAAAUACAGCCUUUUGAUCUGGAAUGGUUUAGUUACAUUACAUGCCUUUGAUAUGAGAUAUUGAAUUGUGGUGAAAACAAUUUUUUUUACGUAAAAGAAUAGAGUAACUUACUUGCUACAAAUACCUUACAUAUAUAUUUUUUUUAUUGACUGCUGAAUAGUAUGUGAUAGUCAUAUUCUUUCUUUAAUGUUUCUUUCUGAAGUACUCGAAAUAGGCUAAAAAUGUGUAAGAUGGAGAUGUAGAGAACACUUGUCUCUUUGGUUCCUAAAACAUUUUUUAUUCUUAGCCUAUGGAAUGCUGUACAAAUAUUUGGAGGGGGGGGGGUCUCAUUUCCUCAUUUUAAAACUUUUGAUAUUUUUUUUAAUCUUUAAUAUGAUUUAAAAAAAAAAGAAACUCAGUAGAGCUGAUAGUAUUUGAAACUAAUGUGUGCAAGUGUGUUCCUCUCUUUGUUAUAAAGGAAAUCCUUUCAUGUAGAAGAUUGUUACAUUUUACAGCUGUGUCUCUAUAUCAGUUGAUGAACAGAUUUAUAUUGCCUUUUAAAACUGAAUAUAACUAAUAAAAUCUACUGGUUUAUUCAUUGAAUAUUAUGAAGUGUAAAUAGAAUUGACCAAUAAUUGGAUAUUGAUACAACAAAUUUAGUCUAAUCUUUUCUAAGAAGGUGCAUGGUGAGCUCUAUUCCAUCAUUCAACGGAAUUUCAUCACUAACAAGAAUUUACUGUCAAUCAUCAAUCUGAUAUUUACAAGUCAAAUAGAAUUUCAUGGCAAAUGUAGCUUCAGUUUGCAAUAAACACAAGAAACUGAACAAUGAUUCAAGGCUUGCACAUUUAAUUAAAGAUGAAACCCAUUUAUUAAAGCUCUGCCAGGAUCUGAACAUUUUGAUGUAACUUAUUGACCAUAGCAUGGACUGACAGUAAUAGAUUAUUACCAAAAACUUGAGUGUUGGAAGUGCAUUGAGAUUAAGUUUGUUUUAUACAGUCUAAACAUUAUUUAAAGCACAUUUGUUCAAAAAUAGAAUAAUCCCACCACUGAUUUCGGCACUGAGCCACUUCUAUUGGAAAACAACACAGCUCUGUUUUCUGUGACUUAGAAAGUCACCAAUCUUUUCAUUCCAGACUAGCCUUGUGAUUGGGAUAACAAGAAAAACUUGUGAGUAAUGAAAUAGAAAUGAUCAGAUUUCUGAAAAAGCCAUAGUUAGGAUCUCUCAGAAGUUGGAAUAUUUUAGUUUUAAAAUAAAAAAAACAACUAAGAGCAGAGCCAAUGGUAGCAAACUUGUAUUCUGGAUUAGAAGGAAAAAAAAAUCGUUUUUACUUUCCUUCUAUGUCAUGAACUUUAAAUCUAUCUCUUGUUGUGAUGGCAACAGGUCAGAACUGUGUGAACCUCAAUUAAACAAUAAGGACUCAUUUUAAAUGGGUUCAUAAGAUUGUACAAUGUUUUUUUGACAACAAAAACAUGUAAUAAAGAAUCUUGUAUCAAUAAAGGCUUAAUGUGAAGAAGGUAAUUGAGUUUUUGAACAAUUCUAAAGUGAGUUAUCAUUGGUUUCAUUGACUGUGGGAAUGGCUAUAAAUAGCUUCCCUAUUUUAUGUUUCAAUUAACUAUUUGUUACAUAGUUUUAGGACUGCCUGAGUGGAUGCUAUACAAUUUACAUUGUUAGAAUAAUUAAAACCAAUGUGCUUAUAAAAAAUUCA